AACGAAUCUUCGUGUCUUUCCGACUUUGCUUCAGCGUCAGCUGCAUUGGGAUCAUGGGGGUUUCAGGGUUUAUCGAGGGCUUUAGCUUCCUCCAGAGAACCAAACCCAGAAUCAGAUUCCUCCCUUAUAAUAUUCAAUGUAGAAACUUCUCAUCUUCCAAAAUUCUCAACGGCAAUGACUCUCUUCUUCCUGUUUUGAUUGUUGGUGCAGGACCUGUUGGUCUCGUUCUCUCGAUUCUUCUCAACAAAUUCGGUGUGCAAUGCUCGGUUUUGGAGAAAAACAAGGGUUUCUCCCAGCACCCGCAAGCUCAUUUUAUCAAUAAUCGAACAAUGGAGGUGUUUCGAAAAUUGGAUGGAUUAGCAGAGGAGAUUCAAAGGUCACAACCACCUGUAAAUUUAUGGAGAAAAUUCAUAUACUGUACUUCGCUGACAGGUCCAAUCCUAGGUUCAGUGGACCAUAUGCAUCCUAAAGAUUUUGAAAAAGUUGUUAGCCCAAUCUCUGUUGCGCACUUCUCACAGUACAAGUUAACUAGGAUACUUGUUAAGAUGUUGGAGAACCUUGGUUUCGGUAUUCACACGAUCGAAGAUCUCGAAGGCCUUGAUCCUGAGACACUCAGGGGAAGGGAAAUCUUGAUGGGGCAUGAGUGUGUCUCCAUUGACACAACUGAUGAAUGUGUUACCACAACUGUUUCUUUUUCCAAGGAAGGUAAGCCGUUGACGAGAAAAAUCAAGUCUAAAAUUCUUAUCGGCGCUGAUGGUGCUGGAAGUGCGGUAAGAAAGCUUGUUGGAAUUGAAUUGAAAGGUGAAAAAGACUUGCAAAAACUUGUGAGUGUUCAUUUCUGGAGCAAAGAACUCGGACAAUACCUGCUUAAUGAGAGGCCUGGAAUGCUUUUUUUCAUUUUCAACACUGAAUCUAUCGGGGUUCUUGUUGCUCAUGAUCUUACACAAGGGGAAUUCAUAUUACAGAUCCCAUUCUAUCCUCCUCAACAAAACUUGGAAGAUUUCAACCCUGAGAUAUGCAAGAAGUUAAUACUCAAAUUGGUUGGUCAAGAGCUCUCAGAUAUAGAUGUGAUUGACAUUAAGCCAUGGGUGAUGCAUGCUGAAGUUGCUGAGAGAUUUGUUUGUGGCAAUAAUCAAAUAAUGCUUUGUGGAGAUGCUGCCCACCGUUUCCCUCCUGCUGGUGGUUUUGGGAUGAAUACAGGAAUCCAGGAUGCCCAUAAUUUGGCUUGGAAAAUUGCUUCUGUAUUGAAAGGUGUUGCACCAUCUUCAAUACUUACCACAUAUGAAACAGAACGUAAGCCGAUUGCUGUAUUCAAUACAGCUCUUAGCGUUCAGAACUUCAGAGCAGCAAUGGCAGUUCCUGCAACUCUUGGUCUUGAUCCAACUGUUGCGAAUUCUGUUCACCAAGUUAUUAAUAAGGGGGUUGGUUCCAUUUUACCAUCUGGCAUGCAGAAGGCUAUUUUAGAUGGAAUUUUUUCGAUAGGUCGUUCACAGCUCUCAGGAUUAAUUUUAAAUGAAAAUAACCCCCUUGGAUCAUCAAGGCUUGCUAAACUAAGGCAUAUUUUUGAAGAAGGAAAGAGCCUUCAACUCCAAUUUCCUGCUGAGGAUCUUGGAUUUAGGUAUCUUGAAGGAGCACUUGUUCCAGAUAGUAAAGACGUUGUGCCUGCUCCUGAGUUGCCCUCUGGCCGUCGAAGGGACUAUGUUCCCUGUGCAGAUCCAGGGUCAAGGCUUCCUCAUAUGAACGUUAAGGUUUUAUCAAAUUUUCCAAGUGAGGAAACCAUUUCGACGCAUGAUCUUGUGUCUGUAGACAAAGUUGAGUUCCUUCUUAUUAUAGCACCAAUGGAGGAGUCCUAUAAUCUAGCUCGAGCUGCAUUUAAGGCUGCCAAGGAAUACAAAGUUUCUUCCAAGGUAUGCAUGCUUUGGCCAGCCGAUACCAUUACCGGAUUUCAUCGUGGGAGCAAAGCAAAAUUAGCACCCUGGAAGAACUACAUGGACGCUAUAGAGGUUAAAAGGUCAUCUGAUUCGCUGUCAUGGUGGAGAACUUGUCAGAUGACGGAACAAGGAGCCAUUUUAGUCAGGCCAGACGAGCACAUUGCUUGGCGAUCGAAGUCAAGAAUUGUAGGGGAUCCUUAUGCAAAGAUGAAAAUGGUUUUUUCUACCAUUUUAGGAUUCAAGUCAACCAGUAUGGAACCAUAUCUUGAAUGUUUGAAACUCCAAGACUUCGAAUACUGGUCAGUUGUAUUGUUUUAUGCAUAA